GCCAAGUUGCCUCAGCUGAUCAUUCCUCAUUCACUCAGAUUGGCUGAGCUUCCCAACAAAACCCAGCCUUUCUUCCAAUGCAGGCAGAGUCAGCAAUGUCGGUGAGUGACUGGACAGUCAACCAGGUGGUCGAGUGGGUCCAAGCGCUGGAUCUGGACGUGGACGUGUCCGAGCUGUUUCUCAAGCACGGCAUGAACGGAUUCGCUCUGCUUCGCCUCAGCGCAGCGCACCUGACUGAAAUGGGCAUCCGCGUCGGUGGCAAGAAGAAGAGCCGCUUGCUCACGGAAGUUUACCGCCUGCGCAUUGCCGAAGAGUUGCGGCAGGUGCGGUCGCUGCAAAAGGACCAGCCGCCAACCGCCAUCCGAUCGCAGUAGAAUCAUUACUACUGUAUCAGGGCCAUGCAUGGCCUUGGCAACAAGACCUAGUGAGGUGGUUUUCCACGUCUGUGUGUACAUUUGAUUUGUUGUUUGUGAGCUUUCCUGUCGUGCUGGCAACGACUAUCCGUAUCGUAGUCGAGCAAGCACAUGAAUAAAACUUUGGUUCUCGUUCAUCCGUUCGCAAGUUUCCC